AGACAAACUGCCCCUGUCGUUUGGAAUAGAAGUACUAAAUACUCUGCUCCUAGCCCGGGUUAGGGUGGCUAAGAUGCCGCCCUGCCCUCCACUGUUUUCUCCCUCCAGGGGUCACUGGAAACGGAUAACACUUCUCUGCUCUCCUCUCUCCCGGAUCUGUAAAUUCCAUUGCCAGCAGUCUGGUGUCCCAGGUCUGGCGCUUCCUUGGCUGUGGACAUGAAGAGGUUACUCCAGCCCUGGAGCCUGCUGGGCUGAGUUAGUACUUCCCCUCCACAUCCAGGAGCUCUCCAAGUAACAGCCCCCUUUGCAUCACGGAAAGGGGAUAGCAGAGCAGGCUGGGGACACCGCUGCAGUAGGUCGCAGCAGGGGUUCUGUCAGCAUGUGUUGUCGCGUGGAUCCCCACUGUCAGGCCAGGCGGCCGGGAACUGGAAGGCAAAGGCAUCCGGAGGAGUGAAGGAUGAGCCAGCGACGCAGGUGCCCCUUCAGCUGCAGAGCGCCCACUGGAACUGCUGCUGCUGCUGCUGCUGCUGCUGCUGCUGCUGCUGCUGUUGCUACGCGCACGCCUCUCGCUGUCUCCCCAGGCUGCAGCGGCCCCUGGGACCCAGAAGCCGGACUGGAGCCGCAGAGAUCCAGCCAGGACCCGGGAGCCUCGGACUGCCGCCUGUGAGGCAGCUCCCCAGGGAGCCUGGGCAGUGCUUUGCUGGCUGCCGGUGCAGGUCUGGAGCCCUCUCUAGCCAGUGUGGCCGAGGAGCAAUCAUCUCUUCCCGAGACACAGGAGCGGCCCAUCCACAUCCAGGUUUCUUUCUUGGGCAGAGGAAGUAACUCCUGUUGGGGCAGCUUAGAUUGAGCUGUACAGCUAAGGCUUGUACACCACCUCCUCGUUUGUAGACCCUUCGGGUGUCAUUUCUCACCGGUCGGGUUUGAGGGGAAAAAAAAUAAGAAAAAGAAAAAGAAAAAACUGCAAGAACAGAGCAGAGUGCGCAGCCUUGUAAACUUUGGAGGCGGGGACAUUUUCUUGAAGGGGACAAGUGGCCCCAAAUCUACCACUGUUCUCAGGCUAGUGGCAAAGCCUGUUGGUGGGACAACCAGCCACAAGGCCAACAGCAAGGACCUUCGACCGUCAUGGAGUCCAUGUUGACAGCAUCCAGUUCCCCCACAGGCCGGGUUACCUUCUCCCGUGUCUUCGGCCAACAGUGUCAGCUGAUGGAAGCAGCUGUACAGUCAUUGCACACCCUAAAUGACCAGAUUUCCCAUUUCAUUGUUACCAAGUCGAAGGCACUGGAGGAAGACGAUGACCCCUUUCUACCCACGGAGAAAGAGACACUGAAGAACUCGAUGAUAUUGAUGAGACAUCUCUUAAUGGAUGCCCAGCAGGGUGCCUCACUCAGCCUGGUUCUCAUUGAUUCCCCUCUACCCUCUGGCCAGUGAGAUCCUAGAUCUGCUCACCCGUGCUGGGAUUAUAGACACACACACUUCUACAUAUGAGUGCUGGGUUGUCAAAUCAAUUUCUCAUACCUGUAUGACAAGCAUUUCCCCAAAUGAAUGGUCUCUUAAAUCCCAAAUGAUAUAAUGAUAUAUACAUUAUAUACACGUGUGUGUGUGUGUGUGUAUUUGUAUAAACAUUUUUUGGCUUGGUUUUG